GGCCGGCCCGCGCGUCGCCUCUUGGGGCCCCUAUCACCGCCCCGCGCUUCGCCUCCCGCGCCUUCCGGUGCUCCGGCCGCCGCCUGGCUGAGCUCAGAAGCCGGGCCCUGGCAGCUGGCCGGCCCGGGCUGCGGACAAGCGGGCUGACGGCUAUGAAGUGGCCCCCGAGGGCACGGAGCUGGAGAACGCCCGGAGACAGAAGCGCGCGUGUGGCAAGACAGCAGCCUCGGGGCGCUGUGGCCAGGGCAUAGGACUGCCACCCGUUAUGGACCACUCCGGGGACGAUAUGGACUCGCUGCAGCAGGUAUCAGCCUCUGAAGGUUCCUGACCCUGCCCUGGACUACUACUGCCCCCUUCGCAGGCUUCCAUCAGGCUGGAUUCUGCGAACUCGCUUCCACAAUGGGUGGGUGUGAGCGCUGGGAAUGAGGAGCUGUGGGUGCAGCCAGCCUUGGAGAUGCCGAAGAGACGGGACGUCCUUGCCAUUGUCCUCAUCGUGCUUCCCUGGACACUGCUCAUCACCGUCUGGCACCAGAGCAGCCUCGCGCCUCUGCUUGCUGUGCACAAGGAUGAGGGCAGUGACCCCCGGCAUGAGGCACCACCCGGUGCGGACCCUAGGGAGUACUGCAUGUCUGACCGAGACAUCGUGGAGGUGGUGCGCACAGAAUACGUGUACACAAGGCCGCCACCAUGGUCCGACACACUGCCCACCAUCCAUGUGGUGACGCCCACCUACAGUAGACCGGUGCAAAAAGCAGAGCUGACGCGUAUGGCCAACACACUAUUGCAUGUGCCCAACCUGCACUGGCUGGUGGUGGAGGACGCUCCACGCAGGACGCCACUGACAUCGCGCCUGCUGCGCGACACUGGCCUCAACUACACACACCUGCAUGUGGAGACACCACGCAACUACAAGCUGAGAGGUGAUGCCCGAGACCCUCGCAUCCCACGAGGCACCAUGCAGCGUAACUUGGCCCUGCGCUGGCUGCGCGAGACCUUUCCACGGAACUCUACUCAGCCGGGUGUAGUAUACUUCGCAGAUGAUGACAACACCUACAGCCUGGAGCUCUUUGAAGAGAUGCGCAGCACACGGAGGGUGUCCGUGUGGCCUGUGGCCUUCGUUGGUGGCCUGCGGUAUGAGGCCCCACGGGUGAAUGGGGCAGGGAAGGUAGUUGGCUGGAAGACAGUGUUCGACCCCCACCGGCCAUUUGCAAUAGACAUGGCUGGAUUUGCCGUCAACCUACGGCUCAUCUUGCAGCGAAGCCAGGCUUACUUCAAGCUGCGCGGAGUGAAGGGAGGCUACCAGGAAAGCAGCCUCCUUCGGGAACUUGUCACUCUCAAUGACCUGGAGCCCAAGGCAGCAAACUGCACCAAGAUCCUGGUCUGGCACACUCGGACCGAGAAGCCAGUGCUGGUAAACGAGGGGAAGCAGGGCUUCACCGACCCCUCGGUGGAGAUUUGAAACUAAGGCGCAGGUAAGAGAGAAGG